AUGGCAAUUGAUUACUCGAAGUGGGACAAGAUCGAGCUUUCGGAUGACUCGGACAUCGAGGUGCAUCCUAACGUUGAUAAGCGUUCAUUCAUCAAGUGGAAGCAGCAGAGUAUUCAUGAGAAGAGGCUGAAGCGGAACCAAGAUAUCAAAAAUUUGGAGACCCAGAUCAAUAUGUAUGCGUCUCUUAACAGGCGAGUCGACAAGCUUCUCGAGAAUCUGAAGGAUAGCGAUUUGGUUGUGAAGGACACUCUCGCCAAGUUUUUAAAUGCCAAUUUUGAUAAGCAUGAGAAGAGCAUGGGGGAUAAUGUGGAUCCAGAUAUACCCUCUUACAAUGAAAUGGUCGAGGAUCUUUUUGAGCAACUGGAAAGAGAUGCGAAGAAUGAGGGCAAAGACCCGAAGGAUGGCGCCGUUAUUCGUCAACUCGUUCUUAAGCAUAGGCAGAAAAUUGAUAAUGUUACCGUGGAAGCAAAGAAAAAGCUGGAACAGUUGUACAUUGAGAAGAAUUCAUCGAUCUCAUCGGAAGAUAUUAAGCCAGGCUUCGACAGCGGUUUCAUGAACAAAAAAGAGUCUGCAGUAGAAGAAAAAGUGGCCGAAAAUUUACAGAAAGCCGCUGCAAAGACGGGAAUCGGAUCGCCAGUACCAGCCGUUGAUUUGCCCAGUUUGCCGGCCAAUUUCAUUGAGUACGAAGAUGUUAUGGAAUUGGCGCCUGAAACAGAAGCAUUUGGUGAGAUAGCUAGUAGCGAUUACGCGAAAUCAGAGGAAUAUCUCUUGAAACAUAUGCCUAUCAUCUCCGAGCAACAAAAGGAUGCGCUUAUGAUGAAAGCAUUCGAAUAUCAAAUGAAGGGAGAUGAGGAAAGUACAUAUCGUGUCAUUCACCAAUCGGAAUUGAUCGCUUACAUUCGGGAAAUUUAUGACAUGAAGAAGAUAACCGGACUCGUUUCUAGCGAGAUGGAACAAGUAAUAGAGAUGUUCUUUGAGAGGGUUGUUCGUGGGUCAAAUUUAGCCGGGAAACAGUCGUUUUUGCAGUCCGUGCAAGCUAAGUUCGAUCAUGUCAAAAAUCGCGUGCGAGUCAUGGAACAAGAACAUGAAAAUGAACAAGAAGGCGUAGAGACUAUAGAAUUGAAAUCACUUGAUGAGUCAACAGAACUGGAGGUCAACCUGCCUGACUUCAAAUCGGAGGAUCCUGCUGAAGUCAAAAGAGUGGAAGCCUUUCAAAAGCUACCACAGGCCAUGCAGGAUGCAAUCAAGACAAAAAAUCUUGACAAAGUCAACGAAGUUUUCGCUGAGAUACCUAUUAAAGAAGCUGAGGAGUAUCUUGAGCUUUUCAAUGAGGCUGAUAUCAUUGGGGUGAAGGCUUUGCUUGAGACUGAGGAAGACUUCAAACAGCUACAGAACGAGUACGAAAGUCAAAAUAAGUUGGAAGACUUGUCACUUCAUGGGGAUGCCAAACCAGAGGACAAAAAUGAGGAGCUAUCUUCCUCUGAAGCCGUUGAAAAUACAGCUGACGUUGUUGAUUGA